CUGCCCAUCAUCACCACGUCCCCAGAAAAAGACGCUGGUCUUGCCACGACGCCCCUUUCCUCCCGCAUCACAGCACCCUUUCCGCCAUCAUCGCCGCAUUGUCGAAUCCAGCGUCAAUUGCUGCUCUACAUCAUCUCAGCAUCUGCAAGAGCAUGUUUCUGAGAUCGCAGCCGCUUUACUAGACACUUUUCGUCCACUGUCAACUAGCUUUCGCGAAGCCUCGCGAUCUUUGUGCGCGCCAUGGCUGCUUCUCCCACAUCCGUUGCUGCCAUGUCAGAAAUGGAACCCCCGAGCUCUCCGGGCAUUAGAGAUGGUAAAUCCUUUGUUUCUCACGUUGGCAGCGAUGACGAGGAUGUCGGCAACACGACUGUCGAGCCGCGCGAGAAGCCUGCUCGAGGCAAAGCCAAAGUCCCAGGCAAGGACAACAAUCAGCAUCAGAUUGGCAAAAUCCGCCAUUUGAAAAAGGAGGAUGGCGAGCCGUUGUGGCGAUCCGAUAUCCAGUACGAUUUCCUCAAGGCCAUCUUUGACAACGAGCAGGCCGUCUUCACCAACUCCUACGACCCGAGUCUACCGAAGCAAAACUUUGCCGAUCUCUAUAUUGAUACCAUGGCUCGAAGCUCUAAGACUAGCAAAGUUCUGCGCGAUAAACUUCUUAGCGAGCGAGAUGCCGCUAAGGGCAUGGCGAUGGUCUGUCUGUUGGUCAAUGUUGGUCGUAUGAAUACCACCCUCAACUUCUUUCCCGAAAUGCGCGCGCAGCUACGAACAUAUCAUGCCAUUCCUUCGCUGCAGGCUCAGCAGGAUGCUCAUGCCUACAAACAACUACAAGAUGCUCCGCGUUUGAAAUCCAUCCUCAAAGGCGGUGCUGAGGAUCGCACAGAGCCCAACACGCUUAUGGGUAUUAAAACCGGCCCUGUACCCCGUACAAAUCCCGUCAACUUGAUCUUUGUCAUGUGCCAUGGGGCGGGAAAGAUUGCAGAGCUCCAUUUCCCGCUUGACCAAGAGUUCCAUGAUCUGAUCAUGAAGACUGAAUUCAGCAGUGCAUCAAGAGCCAGAGCCUUUUUAUGGCUCAUCUGGCUGUACCUCGAGUCGGACUUCACUGAAGAGGGCUGUGAUGAGAAUCCCUUUUCGCCUGGCGUUGACUACGGUCUAGGCGUGGCGAACCAAGGAGUACCCAGGCUGGUUACCAUGACCCGCGAGGAGGAAGCGAUGGAGAAUGUUGAUACAGAAGCCGAAAUAGAAUUUGGCCGUGAGAAGCAACAAACGCGCGCCAAAAUCUUGGAGAUGGACCAGGUAUAUCUCAAUGAACGAGACACAAAGCGUAAAUCGCGUGCAUCCUAUGCAGAGGAUGGGCCAGCUGUUUUGCCCCGAAUUCGCCCGUCAAAGCACGAUUCCGAUAUGGAUAGCAUGCGUUCUACGCCGCCGCCUCGGGCGCUUGGCAAAGGACGUGGAGGUCGUAAGAUGAUGCAUCUCAUGUCCGAAGCUGACUCCUCCCCUGCGCGCGGAGAAGGUAAUCGCAAACCGCGCCCACCCACCGCCCACCAGAUGGCAGUUGAGAGAAAUAGGCUUGAGCGGGUCGAACACAUUUUGGAUAGGGGUCUACGCAAGCAAUAUCACAAGGUCCGCAAGGUCCGCCGCCAAGAUGGUGCUAUCUUUAGAGCGUACAAGCGACUCCGCGCCCAAGUCGACCCAUUCGCCGAUAGCGAUGGAGAGGAUGCGAGCGCAAAGGCUCCAGACGAGAAGCCGUCUACUCUGUUCCGUCGUACCAAGAACCUUCUUGGUCUGACUCGACUUCCUACCGAGGCCGAUGACUAUGGUGAGGAGCUGAGUGCAUACGCCGCUGCCAUCCGACGCUCGUCGCGCAGAUUGAUCCGAUGGAAAGGAAAACACACUGGAGUUGUUGCGCCGAUCAAGAAGAAGAAGGUCAAGGUUGAUGCUCCCGCCACAGCUGAGGCAGAGGCUGAAGGUGACGACGACGGUGACGAUCUCGCCAUGGACGAUCUCGACGGAGAUCAGACGAUAAUGGCUGAAGACGAGCUAGAUCAAACUGCCAUGAUGGCUGACGAUGAGGAUCGUGACGACGACGAUGACGGCGACCUAGACCGCACGGAACUCAUGAUCGACUCUGACGGAGAGUAAUCAGAUAGACAAGGGGAGUAGGGGCUGAUGCGCAGCCUAUUGUGUCAGAACGAGUGUACUUAUUAAGCGAAGAAGAAGAAUUGCGGAGAAUCAAACCGCAACAAAUGAUUUACUGGCUGGCGUUGGGGAUAUUGUUAUGUAGAUGAACAAAUGGAUUUUGAAUCGUAUUCGGAACGACCUUUUUUCUCGCGCUGUCUCAAGGUCGUUUAUAACUCAGCGCCCACAGCUUGCUAAACUUUCAAUCCGU